AUGUCAUCAUUUAUCGUCAAAUGGGUAGCCAACCGCUUCCUCAAGGACAACCAGCUCAACAAAUUGGGUGUAGAGGAUCCAUAUUAUGAGUAUGUGCCACUUCGCCACGAUAAGAAUGGCAAGGUUACCAAGCACAAGAAGGUUGCUCGCAGAGUGCCCAAUGGCAUUUCGGAAAACGACAUUACUGUAUUGCUGGAUGUGCGUAGACAGGCAUAUCGCUAUGAUAUGUGGUUCUCAUUACUUGGAAUGAAGUUUGGAUGGUCAAAUGUGGUUGGAUUGGUUCCAGUAGCGGGUGCACUCAUUUCCAACUACUGGUCCAUCCGGAUUUACUUGCUGGCCCGGAAACUAGACGAUGGUCUUCCGCUCGAUAUCCAACUUAUUUUCUUCUUCAACAUCUUGGUGGAUUUCUUGCUCUCGCUUAUCCCUUUUGUGGGCGAUCUUAUCGAGAUAGGCUAUAAGGCCAACCUGCGGAAUUUCUUGUUACUUGAGAAGCACUUGGUGCGGGUUGGAGAGAAGAACUUGGGCAUAAUUCGUGAGGAGGACGUUCGUCCAGGAUUUAUCAAUGAUAAAGUCCAACCAUUUGUGGAGGAGACCAUCGUUCCUGGAGCAAAGAAGGCUGGUGGUCAGAUUAGGCCAUUUGUUGAAGAAACCAUCGUUCCAGGUGCCAAAUUGGCUGGUGCUCAGAUUAAGAAUCUAGUCAAUCGCAACAAGCAGCCAACUACGGCCCCAACUACCCAAAGUAGUGGGGCUGUAGCCACGGCUACACUUGAGAAGGACGACGAUACCAGGAGUAUUCGCAGUUUGCACGAGCAUUCUAGAAGGGCCCUGACCAGCGAAUGA